AUGUCAACAAGGCAACGCAAUGGCUUCAAGCUAGCUCGAGAGCCGUUCACUUUUGACAUGGUGAUCGGCUUUCUCAGUAAAGUUCCUUUCUCACCUCCUUUCCUCGUCAUCCUUCCCGCCUUGACGGUUCUGUACCACAAGCAGAAUCAUCCCAAUCUUGUGCUUCCGACCACACCAGUAGAUGCUUUGGCUUUCUUGACGUCGCUCCUAGCUAGCGAGUACAAGUGGGUCGGGUACACCUGGAUCUUCAUUCUGCUUCGUUCCAUCAAUCGUGGCCUUAAUCGCUACGUCCGUAACCAUAACGAAUGGAGACGUGAUCCGAUCGACUAUACCAAUGAUCUUAUUGUGAUCACCGGUGGCUCGCAGGGAAUCGGCAAGCAAAUAGUGCAAGUUCUUAGCCAUACUAAAAAGGCACAUAUAGCCGUACUCGACAUGUCUCGGCCCACGUAUGCGGCAGCUCCCGCAGGUGCUCCUGGUAUUCUCUACUACAAGACGGAUGUGAGCAACGCUGAGCAGGUUGCUCAGGCUCACACCAAGAUGCGCGAAGCGACUGGUGGACGAAAGAUCGGCGCUCUGAUCAACUGCGCAGGUGUAGCUUCGGGCGACACCAUCUUGGACGUCGAUCUUGACUCUGCUGCGCGCGUAUGGCGGAUCAACACGUUUGCAAACUGGCUCACAGCAAAGCAGUUUCUCCCGGACAUGAUCGAGCGCAACCAUGGUCACGUCGUCACCGUCUCUUCCGCUGCCGCCUUUGCCGCUCUGCCUUCCAUGUCCGAGUAUGCCACCUCGAAGGCGGCGACACUGGCUUUUCACGAGUGCCUUGCGAUAGAGCUUCGCACGCGAUACAAUGCGCCACGUGUUCGCACAACCAUCGUUUGCCCCUUGAAGGUACGUACCGCGCUCGCCUAUGGCUUACAGACCAGAUCAGUCCCAUUUUUCAAUCCAGUGCUUGAGCCUGUACAGGUCGCUCGCAAGGUGGUUGAGGCUCUUGACUCAGGUCUGUCACAGCAUGUCGUGCUGCCAAGCAUUGCGAGCUCCAUCACAUCCUUACGAGUCGCCCCGGAUUGGUUACAGCGCCUGGUGCUUGCUCUUUCCAACGGCGAUAUUGCAGUCACCCGCCAAGGCGUCGAUGACGCCAUCAAACACGGCUAUGGUAAAGACUGGGAGGGUGUUGACAAGCAAAUCUGGGAUAGGAGGGCGGCGUCAAUCAACAAGAAAGCCUAG